AUGAAAUUCUUGGGCACCUCAUGGUCCAUAGACAUUCCCAAAACCUCUUCAUUUGUUAAAGUCACGGCCCUUGCACUCUUCUCCCUCGCCCUCCUCAUCCUCUUCACCCGUUACUCCACCACCUACUUUUUCCUCCCCUUCUCCUCCGAUGCCGCUGUCUCCGCCAAUGCCUCAUCUUCUGCUGUCGUGGUUUCCUCUCCUUCUCCACCACCACCACCGAACAUCAUCCUUACUCCUCCGUCGCCCUCCCCAAUAGUGGAGACGAUGGGUCUGCUGGACGAAGACGGCAUAAUGAUAGACAAUUUCACCGUCGGCGACUCUUCGGAUUUGCGCUUGCCAGAGGAUUUUGGGAACUCCAGCUAUUUGCGAGGGGCGAGCGAACGUGAGCAUGUUGGCGGCGGGGCCCGUGCAAGGUUGUCAGUGGAGAGCUACAAGGUGUGCGAUCAGCGAAUGGUGAAUUAUGUGCCGUGUUUGGACCGCACGAGUACUAUUGCGAAGAUGAGUUCGAGCGAGAAAGGGGAGAAGUACGAGCGGCACUGCGCGGCCGAAAGGAAGGGGUUGAAUUGCUUGGUGCCUAUGCCAAAAGGGUACCGAAGGCCCAUCCUUUGGCCCAGGAGUAGAGAUGAGGUUUGGUUUGAUAAUAUACCCCAUAUGCGUCUUGUUGAAUAUAAAGCUGGCCAGAAUUUGAUAUCAGUAAAGAAGGAUAAAUUUGUGUUUCCUAGCGAUGGACUACAAUUUAUACAUGGUGGAUUACAAAUUAUACAUGGUGCUGACAAAUAUCUGGAUCAAAUUUCAGCGAUGGUUCCUGAUAUUGCAUUUGGUUACAACACUAAAGUUGCUUUAGACAUUGGCUGUGGGGUGGUAAGUUUUAGUGCAUUUUUGAUGCAACGUAAUGUGACCACUCUUUCAAUAGCAAUUAAAGAUAUUCAUGAAAAUCAGAUUCAGUUUGCCCUAGAGCGCGGUGUGCCUGCCAUGGUAGCAGUUUUUGCUACUCACCGCAUGUUGUUCCCUACCCAGGCUUUUGACCUGAUCCAUUGUUCAAGAUGUAAAGUGAACUUUACCUGUGAUGAUGGAAUUUUGCUUCUUGAGGUCGAUAGGCUUCUAAGGGCAGGUGGCUACUUCAUCUGGGCAGCACAACCUAUUUUCAAACAUGAAGAGAUCCUUCAAGAACAAUGGAAAGAAAUUGAGGACCUGGCAAGUUCCAUAUGUUGGAAACUUGUAAAGAAGGAGGGAUACAUUGCUAUAUGGCAGAAACCUAUGAACAAUAGCUGCUACCAUAGCCGUGACAAUGCUGUUCAUCCUCCUUUGUGUGAAUCCAAUGAUGAUCCAGAUGAUGUUUGGUAUGUUGGUCUGAAGGCAUGCAUCACUCAGUUACCUAGUAAUGAAUACGGAGCAAAUGUUUCUAAGUGGCCUGCAAGACUUCAUCAACCACCAGACAAACUUCAAAGCAUCAAACACGAUGCGUCUUUAUCCAGAAAAGAACUUUUUCAUGCCGAAUCAAAGUAUUGGAAUGAAAUAAUUGAUAGUUAUGUUCGUGUUUUUCUAUGGAAGGAAUACAAUCUAAGAAAUGUAAUGGAUAUGAGAGCAGGAUUUGGAGGGUUUGCUGCAGCAUUGCAUGAUCUCCAGAUUGACUGUUGGGUUAUCAAUGUUGUUCCUAUGAACGGAUUCAAUACUUUGCCUAUUUUAUAUGACCGUGGACUAAUUGGAGUUAUGCAUGAUUGGUGUGAGCCGUUUGAUACAUACCCACAAACAUAUGAUUUGCUGCAUGCAUCGGGUCUCUUUUCUAUUGAAAAGAACAGGAAAAAGUGUAAUAUGUCAACCAUCAUGCUAGAGAUGGAUCGGAUGCUAAGACCAGGUGGGCAUGUAUAUAUACGUGACACAAUACAUGUUAUUAAUGAACUUGAUGAAAUUGCAACUGCCAUGGGAUGGAUGAAUGUGCAGAAUGAUGUAGGCGAAGGUCCUAAUACAAGUUGGAGGAUAUUAAGGUCUGAGAAGCACUUUUGA